AUGCUGGACCCAACCGCUAGUCCCUUUUACACAGAGCUUAUGGAGUUGUUGGUGAUGAAGAAUAGCAACAACACUUUCAGUAUUCAGGGUGAAUAUGAGUCUCUCGAGGCAGUGGGGACUGGAUACUAUGGACUCAAGGGGAAGGAGAUUAUGUUUUGGAGCCUGCUUGCCUUGUUGGAGCUUACUCACGAGCAUACAGUCUGGACAAUACCGGCUUGGGAAUUUACAAACCGCGUGCUCAUCCCGGAGGCAACUGUCUUUUUCAUACAAGAAGACCUCAACGUUACACGGGAGCACGCCAUAGAGAUAAAGAUCGCAAGCUCCUCAUAUGGGAUGGUGGCCCACCCAACUAACGAUGAACUAGAUUUCCGCGAGCUGCAGGCCACUGUGCGGAUUUUGAGAGUAAUUGUCGAGGCUGAAGACAGCUCAUUAGAUGUUGGGGAAAGGGUCAACGACAAACGCGGAGAGGAUUAA